AUGGUUGUAAGAUCUCUUGAUGUCGAGAAAGACCCAUUCCGACCUCCGAAUGAUGGAAAGGAAAUUCUUGGUCCAGAAGUACCAUAUUUAAGUGCAAUUGGUGCACUAAUGUUUCUUGCUAGUCAUACACGACUAGAUAUAUCAUUUUCUGUAAAUUUAUUGGCAAGAUAUAGUUCAUGCCCUACGGAGAGGCAUUGGAAUGGGGUAAAACAAAUAUUUCGAUACCUUCAAGGUACAAAAGAUAUGGGGUUGUAUUUUACUAACCAAUCGACAACAAGUUUGGUUGGUUUUGCAAAUGCAGGGUAUUUGUCUGAUCCUCACACUGGACGAUCUCAAACUGGAUAUUUAUUCACAAGUGGAGGCACUGUUAUUUCAUGGCGCUCUGUAAAGCAAACCAUCACAACCACAUCAUCUAAUCAUGCAGAAAUAUUGGCGAUUCAUGAAGCUAGUCGAGAAUAUGUUUAG